AUGGCUGGGAGGACCGCGCCCGCCUCCCUUCCCUCCUUCUCCCUCACGCCCGACGACGAGUCCCUGCUCGGCUGCUCCCCUCCCCUCUCGAUUCUUUCGGCCGCAUGGCGGUGGCGGUUGUUGACCCACAUGGCACGGCGGCGGUGUGGUGCGUGUGCAGGGGCUCGGCCAGCGGCGGCGAACGCGACGACCCCGACCUCCCCCACCGGGUGCGCGGCGUCCAGCGAGCGUGAGUGCGUGACGGUGUCGCAAUCCAACACGGGCGACAGGGCCGGGUACGACCCGGUAUUCGAGGUGACGGUGUGGUACGCCUGCCGCUGCGCCGUCCCCGCCGUGCGCCUCCGCUCCGAGGGCUUCGCCAGCUCGGUGCCCGUGGACCCGCGCCUGUUCCGCCGCGCCGGCCGCGACUACCUCGUCGCCGACGGCCGCCGGAUCGAGCUUGGCGCCGACGCGCGCUUCCGCUACGCCUGGGACCGCGCCUUCCGGAUGACCGCCGCCGCCGUGCGUGAUGACUGCUCCUGA